AUGCUAAAAUCAAAAUCUGCUGUAGCAAAAAAAGUUUUUGUAAAAGUUCUUGCAGAAAAUCUUGUGAAAGUCACUGCAAAAGUUUCUGCAAAAGCCUCUGCAAAAGCCUUUGUAAAUGUUCUUGCAAACAUCUCUGCGAAUAUUUUUGUGAAUGUCUCUGCAAAAGUCACUACAAAUAUUUUUGUGAAGGUGCUUGCAAAAAACUCUGCAAAUGUUUCUGCAAAUAUUUUUGCAAAUGUUUUUUCAAAUGUUCUCACAAAG